AUGUCUUGUCAAAAUGGCUUUAUGCAAGGGCUCGGUCGCGGCAUCGACCGACCCGUGAUCACAGACUGCACUGCUGCUCCCGUUGGUAACCUUAUGGCGGCAGUAUCGGUUCAAAGCGAUACGGCACUGCUCGAUAGCGACCAAGCAUCGCAUGCUGCCGCGACCGUCCAUACCCUAGAGGAUCAGGUUUCAGCAGUGGACGUUUCCUUUUCGUGCCCUACUAGAUCGGACUCAGUGGUGGCGGCGGUGGUGGAGAGAGCCAUCGCACUGCAGAAGGACCCCUCCAAUGACGCCAAGCUGAUAGUGGUAACCACCCUUGCAGUUGGUCAUGAGGCUCUCCUUGGUGAGCACCACCUCGCUCAGGCAUUCUCAGAUGAUGGUACAUCAGCGGCGAUGCUGUCGAGGAUGAGGCCGUACUGCAAGGUGAUUCGACGUAUAGAGAGAAUCCCUGCACUCCCCCUUGGUCAGAUUCUGGCCAUGUCUGCUUCUGAGGCGGUAGUAAACUUUUUCACUACUCUGUGGGGCGUGGAGCCCUUACAGACCUCCAGUUACCAGUCCGCAGAAGCCGUGAUUCAGAACGUGAAGGACUUCUGCAAGGAGACAGGGCUUGCCGCUUCGGGCACGAAGCUCGUGGUUGUUCGCCCGAUCCCGUCCACGGCGACUCUGGAUGAUAUCGACGACUUGGAUGCCUUUGUUGAUUUGGUGGAGGUUAUGGAGCAAGUACGGCGAGAGGCUGAGAAUGAUCCCAAGCUGAAGAAGGCGUUUGAGGAGGUGGAGAAGACGGCCUCGAAGGUAACGGAGACGAACGAGCAGCUGCGGGCUCGGGCGGAGGCACAGGAGGCGAAGUUGGCGGCGAUGCGGGAGAAGAUGCAGAGCGCGAAGGACCGGACGAAGAGCCUUUAUGAGGAAUUAAGAAGACAUAUGCCGGAGACAGGAGGGACGGCAGCUGAGGCGGGGCAGACAACCAAGCGUACGCCCGAGUGGAUGAAACCGGUGUUGGAUCAGCUGCACGUUGUGAGCGCCAAGGCUCGGGAGGCUACGUCGGGGCUGGUGGACAAGGCGAGUGGGUUCACGAAGAUGAUGGAUAAGGAGAGCUCCGAGGGCGUGCAGGAACGGCUGAAGCAAUUCCAGAGGGCUCAGGCGGCCAUGCGUGAUUUGGAGAAAGAGCAGAAAAUACGAGAAAAGGUGGCUGAAGAUCCCGCGGCGGAACCGUUGCCGGAGAAUCCGCACGGCUCAGCGUUGGUGGUUUCGGAGAGGGCUCGCUCGACUUGGGAACGUUUUGGGUUUACCUCCAGUGAGGAUUCGAGGUUUCUCGGAGGGUUCUUCCAGAACCCUAUGGUCGAUCGGAUAUUUGGCGAGACGGAGAUUGCCCAGUCGAUACGGGAGAUGAAGGAGGUCGAUCCCAACUUCCGCUUGUCGCAGAUGGCCGAGGACAUCGAGCAUGUCGUGGCUCCCAGGAUCAUCCGAUGGUAUCUCGAGGGUGAUGUGGAGCGACUCGAAGCCCACUGUGGGGAGGCGGCCUUUGCCGCUGUGAACGCUUCCGUGAAGGCACGGCAUACGCAGAAGCUGACGUUGGAUACGAACAUUUUACAGCCACCCAUGGAUGUGGAGUUGAAGGGGGCGAAGACGGCCUCAGAGGUCGACUCGCCGUGUUUCAUUUUUACCUUUUCAACGCAGCAAAUCAACUGUCUUCGAAAUGAGUUCGGGGAGGUGGUGGAGGGAGCAGUUGAUGACAUCAGACGUGUAUUUUAUGCUAUGGCGAUUCAGAAGCAUCCGGAGCCCGAGUCGGGGGGAUGUGAGUGGAGCCUCGCUUGA